ACAGAAAACAGUAAGCCUACAUCUAACUCGGAUGUACAUAGAUCUUUGAAAAAUAAAAUAAAUGUGACCGCAUACAGUUAGUAUACGACAGGUAUAUCAAUCCUUAGAUCAUCGCAGAUUUGCAGUAGUGUAUUUAUGUACUUAUAAGUAACGAUGGCUAAUCAAGCAAUCAUGAACCGAGGUGUUGUGAUUAUUGGUGCCUUAGUUUUUACUGGAUGCGUAGUUGCCGAGAACUGCGACCAAAAAGGCAUCCAUUUAUACGAAGAUAUGGGUUGCAAACCCAUUUACGCCAACCCAAAAUCAUGCCCCAUUAUGUACGAAUGCAAGGGCAUCAGGAGAUCAAACAAGCACUGUUAUUUCAAACAAAAAAUGUACAGGGUGGACGAACAAGUGGACACCCAGCUAACUGCAACGGGGUGCGACUUGGGAUGUUAUUGCCAAAAAAGUAACGAUACUAUGAAGUUCUCCUGUGCCUCUGUAGAGUGUUCUGAAUGGACUAGAAAAUCUACAAAUUCUGGGUGCUAUAGAAAGUAUAAUUUGGAAUCCUGCUGUUCAGAAAGGGAGUCAUGUCCUCCCUACGACAAUUCGACGAAAUGCGUGCACGAUGGACACGAGUACAAAGAAGGCGAAAACAUUUUGUUGCGCGAUUCCUGCUGGAGAUGCGUUUGCAACAGCGACUGGACGGGUAAAAUUGAAGCGCCGAUGUGCAAAAGACGCACAUGCAACGUCCAAAUAAAACACCAAGACAAAAUUCAACAAGCUUGUGCCCCUGUAUAUUAUAAGAGAAUAUACCGAAAUGAUAACACAUAUUGUUGCCCAAAUAAUUGGGUCUGCUCAAAUAACAAGGAGUCAUUUAAAGGUCGCCCCACCUCAGAUAAGACCUGUCAAUUUGGUAGUAGAAAACUUAAAGUUGGCCAAAACUUUGUAAAAGAAGUGAGCGACAUAAUGCUCGUCAAAAAAGUGUAUUGCGAAUGUAAAGUGCCGCCACUUUUAACAUGUACUGCUGAUAUAAUUUAAGAAAGAUAUUAGGUACCUACAGUCACGGAAAUAUGUUUUGCAUUUGAAAUAUUUCAAGGAAAUGGAUAAUGGAUUAUGGAAAUGGAUAAUAACUUUCAAAUUAUACAUUUUUAACCAAUAUGAUAUAUAAUAUACCAUAUAAUAUCUGUAGGUUACCUACAUACAGUAUGUAUACUAUUUUAAAUAAUGUAGGUAUACUAAUUUUAUCAGCAUAAUUAAAAUGUGUUAGAUAGUGCAAAACAUAAUUUCUUGGUUAUAAUUAUAUUUUUUUAACAGCUCUUUCGCUAAAAUAUUUUUGUAAUUACAAAAAUGCUGUUUGUAUUUAUAAGACUGCUAUUAUUAAUAAUUCUAAUUAUAAAUUAUAAUUUAAAAAAAUCAUGUGUUUUUUAUUUAUUUAUAAUUUUUUUAGAAAACCAAAUAAUUUGUAUGAAAUUUUUUAAUUUAAUUUGGUAAUUAAAAUCAGGCUGAAAAAUUGACUGGUCAUUUUUUU